AUGCUCCUGCUUUUCCUGUCGGCCAUGUUCUCUGGGAGGACUUCACAGAGAAUCAGACAGUUCAAACACAUUGGUCCAGGAGGGGCAGAGACAGGCUCCACGCGGAUCAUGCGCCCCCUGGAGGCCUCUGUCACAGUGCGCCCCCUGGAGGCCUCUGUUACAGUGCGCCCCCUGGAGGCCUCUGUUACAGUGCGCCCCCUGGAGGCCUCUGUCACAGAGCGCCCCCUGGAGGCCUCUGUCACAGUGCGCCCCCUGGAGGCCUCUGUUACAGUGCGCCCCCUGGAGGCCUCUGUCACAGAGCGCCCCCUGGAGGCCUCUGUCACAGUGCGCCCCCUGGAGGCCUCUGUUACAGUGCGCCCCCUGGAGGCCUCUGUUACAGUGCGCCCCCUGGAGGCCUCUGUCACAGUGCGCCCCCUGGAGGCCUCUGUCACAGUGCGCCCCCUGGAGGCCUCUGUCACAGAGCGCCCCCUGGAGGCCUCUGUCACAGAGCGCCCCCUGGAGGCCUCUGUCACAGUGCGCCCCCUGGAGGCCUCUGUCACAGUGCGCCCCCUGGAGGCCUCUGUCACAGUGCGCCCCCUGGAGGCCUCUGUCACAGAGCGCCCCCUGGAGGCUGCAGUGAGAUGGCAUGCUCUGUUUAACUGGUCCACUUUAAAACACUGGAUCUGUGGGUCUCUGCAUGCACCACUCCCCCAUGUGAGCACCAGGGAGGGGCUGAGGCUGAGGGAGGGGCUGAGGCUGAGGGAGGGGCUGAGGCUGAGGGAGGGGCUGAGGCUGAGGGAGGGGCUGAGGCUGAGGGAGGGGCUGAGGCUGAGGGAGGGGCACAACAAGUUUGAGGCCAAAGUGUUCAGUGAAACAUUUUGUUAUAGCAAUGAUCCCCUGGUCUCCCCCCCCUGGUCUCCCCCCCCUGGUCUCCUCCCCCGGUCUCCCCCCCCUGGUCUCCCCCCCCUGGUCUCCCCCCCCUGGUCUCCUCCCCCUGGUCUCCCCCCCCUGGUCUCCCCCCCCCUGGUCUCCCCCCCCUGGUCUCCCCCCCUGGUCUCCUCCCCCUGGUCUCCUCCCCCUGGUCUCCUCCCCUUCCCCCUGGUCCCCAGCCCCUCCCCCGGUGCCUCUGCCCUGGUGCAUUGUGGGAGACUGAGUUGCUGA